GAGGACUAUUGUAUUAUUUAUAAGCUAGAUCGACUUGUUCUGCUUACACGUCGCCAGAGCUGGUAAGCUGGAAGGAGAUGAGAUCAGGAGCUUUCACAACAAGCAAUAGAGUUAGGUACCUACCUCAGGUACCUAAGGCAACCUGUUAACAGGGGUAUCUACAUGUACCUACCUGGUAUGUUCAAGCCACAUGCGUAACGUGUGGAGCUCUAUGUAUAUAAUAUCCUAUUGCAUCAUCGUCUUCUUGAUUUCGACAACUUUAGGUACUUUUAAAUACCUAACUGUAGUAUUCAGUUUACUUGUAUUCAACUCUCUCAUGCGUUUUAACUCAAAGUAAUUAAUUCGGUUAUUUCGAGACUAAACUUUCGAAACUCACGAUGAAGCCGUUCCCAGAUGCCAAGAGUACCACGCCUUUAAGGAGGUUAAAGAUACCCCCUAUUCUCCGCUCCCGAUACUCAUGGCGAUGGAUAAUCGUACUCAUCUUUCUCUCUUGCUAUUUGUUCUCUUUGCCUCCAUUCCCUCGACCAUUACCUAAAUACAGUGGUCCGUAUCCUGUCGGCGCAGUUGAUGUCGAGAUACCUUUAACAUCACCACGUAUUAUCGAUACUGCUCAAUUCAAAAAGACAAAGGCGAAUGCCUUCGAGUUGAAUACCGUAUUAUUUACGCUAUAUUACCCAUCGGUACAGCAUGCCACUAGUCGUCGGCCGAAACACAACUGGGUUCCAAAACCGAUAUCUGUGACUGGUGAAGGCUACGCCAAGUUUGCGCGCGUCAAUAAUUUCAUUAUGAAAAAGGUCUUCACAGGAGCACUCAAGGCUCUUGUUGGACACAUCCCAAUUCCAGCCAAUGUAGAUGUCCCAUUGGCCGGCCUUGCAUCCACAGUCAUGUCGAUACCGGAGAUCCAGAAUGUCAAUACAGAGAUUGAGAAGGUGAUACAAAUUGAAAAGGGCGGCCACCCGGUCAUUGUGUUUUCUCACGGUAUGGCAAGCAGUCGCACAGAUUAUACACAUUAUGCCGGUGAACUGGCAUCGCGAGGUUAUAUUGUAGCGCUUCUCGAGCAUAGGGAUGGGUCGUGUCCCGGAUCCGUUGUCAUGCAACAUGGCAAACCAGACCAGGUAAAACUCACCUUUGACGUGCCGGAAGUGGAGACUAUUAAGGGGAAGGAUUUAACGGUGGAUGAAUUCAAAAGAGCGCAGCUCGACUUCCGAGAGGCUGAGAUCGAGGAGACCGUACGCGUGUUAAAGUUAAUCAACGAGGGGCAGGGGAAGGAGGUCUUCAAAUCGAACAUGCGGGAUGAAGGUGUUGAUUUCCUGAACUGGGAAGGCCGCCUCAAUACGGACGAGAUGAUCGUCGCAGGUCACAGUUACGGCGCCACAGGUGCUAUGCAAGCAUUGAGAGGCGGGCCCAGCGGGAGGCGUCCGUUCAAAGGCGGCGUAAUCCUGGACCCGGGAAAGCAGAGCGGGCAGCUCAACGACGACAUUCGGGUCCCCGUGCUCGUGAUCCACAGCAACUCCUGGAGCAGCAAGUACAGCCUGUUCUACGGGCGCGCGCACUUUGACAUGGUGCGAGAUAUCGUCGAGAACAACGUGCUACGCGGCAUGCCCUCCUGGUUCGCGACGUCGCUCGGUACUUCCCAUCCGUCCGUCACGGACGCGCCGCUGCUGGAGCCGUUGCUACUCAGCUGGACUACCGGCGCGCGGAUUGAUGUGUACGAGGGUUUAAGGCAGUACAUGCACGUCACGGAGAAUUUCUUGUGGUUCCUAUCCACGGGUGAGAAGCGUGGCCUGUUGAGGGAGAAGGCCGAGUUCCCGCAGUACGACGAGGGUAAGGGGUUUGGAAUGUGGAAGCCGGCGCAGGGUGAGAAUGAGAAGACCGGCGGGUCUUGGUACAACUGGCGCAGGUAUUGGCAAGUCCAUGUUUCACCGAACUAGAUGUAUGGGAGGUGGGCAAUAAAUAGAAAGGAGGAAGGUAGAUCAGGAUGUCUGUGUUACUAGAUGCUUGUGUUACUAGAUGUAGCGAGGAUAAAAAUAAACAUUUCCAAGAAAAAUAAACGUGCACUAUUCAUGACCCCAGACAUUAUAUAUUGGUAUGGCUAGCUAUUCCUCCGGUCAAGUGGAAGAAGAGUCAUCUGGUGCUACGUAA